GGCAGUAUUCAGCAGAUAGCUGGAGCCAGCACGUUGUGCGAAUCUGAAGACGGCUUUACGCAAUAGUCGCGGAAUCCUGACCAACUGCAGAGACGCAUUAACGUGGGCGAUGGUGGAUCCGUAUGACUACUGAGUUUUUACCAAAGGAGAGCAGCGCUAGAGAGAGAUGGGCGUGACAACCGGGUGUCUGGACCACGACUAGUCUCCAGGGGGAAAGAGCAUCUCGCAGUCUCCAAUGUACCCGAUGACAACGGAGAGGCAAUGCCGACUGUCCGGUCCAAUGGUUGUUCCAUCCAAUUUACCUUAGCAGGUGGUCUUUUAACUACGGCACGACGCCCGAUAUUGAGGCCACACGGGGAUUGACACAAUCUAAAAAGGAAUAAAACAUCUAACGGACCUACUUCGGAAAACAUCAGCGGCUGUGAGCCCACGUUGUGGCCGGUGGGCAUGGUUUUGGAGGGUAGCUCAGAGGCCCUGUGUCCCCCACCCUCUCUGGAGCUGCGCCCGUCCUGCAACAAGAGCCCCCUGGGUUCAUGCUCCACCCCCCACGACGGACUCUUCACCGGGGACAAGGAGCCCAUCAAGUAUGGGGAGCUCAUGGUUCUAGGGCACAAUGGUUCCUUGGCCAAUGGGGACAAGGGACGGAGGAGAAGUCGCCUGGCCCUCUACAAGAGACCCAAAGCCAACGGGGUCAAACCUGAUGUCAUCCACAAUGUCUCUACCCCUCUGGUGUCAAAGGCUCUCAGCAACAAAAGCCAGCACAGCAUCUCCUACACCUUGUCCAGGAGUCACUCGGUCAUUGUAGAAUACACCCAUGACAGCAACACAGAUAUGUUUCAGAUCGGGCGUUCUACAGAGAACAUGAUUGACUUUGUGGUGACGGACACGGCAGGCAGCAGCACCAGUGGUGGUGGGGGGCAGGGCCAGGGGGCAGGGCCAGGGUGCGGGGCCAGGGGGCAGGGCCAGGUUGUGGUGGGCGAGGGGGGCGGAGGAGGAGGGCAGUCUGUCCAGAGCACAAUAUCCCGCUACGCGUGCCGCAUCAUGUGCGAACGCAGCGCCCCGUACACGGCCCGCAUCUACGCCGCCGGCUUCGACUCCUCCAAAAACAUCUUCCUGGGGGUGAGUCAUCGCGGUGACGACCACAGUGAGCGGGCUGCCAAAUGGCGGACGUCGGACGGCUUGAUGGACGGCCUGACCACCAAUGGCGUGCUGGUGAUGCACCCAGCAGGGGAGUUUGUGUCUGAGCCGGCGCCGGGCGUGUGGCGGGAGAUCUCGGUGUGUGGGAACGUCUUUGCCCUGCGGGAGACACGCUCGGCCCAGCAGAGGGGAACAUUGGUGGAGAACGAGUCCAACACCCUGCAGGACGGCUCGCUGAUCGACCUGUGCGGCGCCACCCUUCUGUGGCGUACCCCGUCGGGCCUGCGCCGCACCCCCACCCUCAAGCAGCUGGAGACCCUCCGCCAGGAGCUGAAUGCCGCACGGCCCCAGUGCCCCGUGGGUUUCAACACCCUGGCCUUCCCCAGCCUGGCCCGGCGAGAGAUUGUGGACAAGAAGCAGCCAUGGGUCUAUGUCAACUGUGGUCACGUCCAUGGCUACCACAACUGGGGCUACCGGAAAGACAAGGGCCAUAACGUGGGCCCCAGAGGGACGGCUCCGGCGAGCACCGGGGAAAGGGAGUGCCCCAUGUGCCGGCGUGUGGGCCCCUACGUGCCCCUGUGGCUGGGCUGUGAGGGCGGGCUGUACCUGGACGCGGGCCCCCCGACGCACGCCUUCUGCCCCUGUGGCCACGUGUGUUCGGAAAAGACAGUGGUGGGCUGGAGCCAGAUCCCGCUGCCGCACGGCACACACGCCUUCCACGCCGCAUGCCCCUUCUGUGGCACCUGGCUGACGGGCGAGCACGGGCACAUCAAACUCAUCUUUCAGGGGCCCGUUGACUGAGCCUGCCACUGGGGGGUGAAAUAGAGGGCAGGGUGGAGGGAGGGUGGACGAUGGAAAAGUCUAAAAGGAAACAUGAAGGGAUAAUCAUUGGAAAGACUGUUGAAAUGAAGAAGGACUGAACUGAAGAGGUAAACGUGAUGGAAGCAGAUGAACCAUAAAUGGUAUAUAAGUUGUAUUUGGGGAAUAUGUAAAUAAAAUGUGUUGAAAUGAAAA